UGUAUACAUCCACAUACAUCCACAAAAAUAAGUCAAUAUUUAAAAUUUUUUAAUUAAGCAUUCUUUAAUCAGAUAUCUUGGAAGGUUAGUAUGAAAUCAGUAGUUUCAAUGAAGUGGUAUAGUAAUUUUUCAGAAACAUUUAAAAUGUCUUAAACAUUGAAUGUUCUAAGAGGAGGUGAAAACAGUCUAUUCUUCAGGCAAGCUCCUUUAGCUCAGGAAGUUCCUGAAACUGAUGAGAUAUACUAGGUUUCUCCCUCUACAAGCAUAUAAGCUAUAAGGACAACAAAGACACUUUCAAACAAGCUAGAAAAGGCUCAGACUAAUGGAACCACCUACAAAAGACACCCUUCAGUCUGUGGAGCUAUCUGCAAAUUGUAUGGUGAGCCCCAGGUUUCCAGAUUUUGUCAGCCAUGAUCCAUGCUGGUGUGGGGUUUUGGUGAUGUGGCUGUCUUUGAGUCAUUUCUGCUCCUCUAAGUAAACCCUCACCCUCACCUCACCGUAUUCUUGUAAGUAAUGCCAAUAAAACCCAUUGAUUCAUCAGGUUAGAUUUUGGUGGUAUCCUUUUUUUUUUUUGGUUUUUUUUUGUUUUGUUUUGUUUUGUUUUUCGAGACAGGGUUUCUCUGUGUAGCCCUGGCUGUCCUGGAACUCACUUUGUAGACCAGGCUGGCCUCGAACUCAGAAAUCCGCCUGCCUCUGCCUCCCGAGUGCUGGGAUUAAAGGUGUGUGCUACCACGUCCGGCUUGGUGGUAUCCUUAACUUGGAUCUAUUGAUGGUUUCUUCUCUGGGGUGAGUGAGAUGUUUGUUCAGGUCUCCCCAGGAAUAGUAUCAAAGGUGACCUUUUAGUGUUCCUUGUUUAACAAAAUCUUGCUGGUUCCUCAGUAAUUUUUUUACGUUUUAUUAAGCAUAAUCUUUAUUUGGUGGGAAUUAAUUCUUAAGAAUUUAGUUGAUGGAUUUUUUUUUUAAAGAUAGGCUGUUAAGGUAGUUGUGUCCAAGUAUUAUUGUGAAGGAAAGAACUGUGCUCUAUUUCAGUUUAUGUAAUAUUUUCCCAGUUCCUUUGGGGGAAGCCUGUGUGGGUGAGUGUGUAGUAAUGGUAGGGCUCUCCUACAAAGAAAGUUAUGCUCUGUACAACUAACAAAGCAAAGACCUUAUCCAUUAGCCUAUUACUGAUUGGCCUUGGGGAUUCUAAGUCAGCAAGACUGAUGCCUACCUGUGAAGACAUUUUAGAUCUAAGUGAGACCCCAGUGGCUUUGCACAUGCAACAGUGCUUGAGGGGCUUGGAAACCAAAUACAGAGUGAAUGAGAAGACAAACAAGACCUUCCAUACCACUCAUGGUCAUUCCUUCUUCUCUCAGCCUUUGGGUUACAUGCAUUCAUUACCAUAUCUGGUUCCCUUUCUACUUGUCAGAGCUGUGUCUUUUUAUUUUUAAAAUGUGAGUGUGGAUGUGCAUGUGCUAUGGUGAACAUGUAGAGGUCAGAGAACAUUUUUCAGGGGUCAGUUCUCAUCCUUCACCCCCCCCCCCCUUUUCUUUUGAGGAAGGGCUUUGGCUGCUGUGAAGACUAGCUUCCACUCAAGAGCAGCUCUCCUCUCCCGUUAGUGCUGUGAUUACAGAUGCAUCUGACUUUUAAUUUGGGUUCUGGGGAUUGAGUUUGGGUUGUGAGAUUUGUAUGGCUAGUGCUUUAACUUGCUGAACAGUUAGUUACACAGCGUGUGUGUCUAUGUCCACAUAUGUGCUUGGGGCCCACGGGUCAGAAGAGAGACUUGAAUCUCCAGGAAUUGAAGUUAUUGGUGGUUGUGAACCACCACAUGAGUACUAAGAAUUGAACAUGGGUCCUCUGCCAGAGCAACUAGUGGUCUUAGCCACUGAGCCAACUCACCAACCCCUUGCUUUAGAGUUAAAGCUCAUGUGAAAGUCUCCAUGACCAUAAGUUGUUUGUUUUAUUUAUCUCGAGACAGAGUCUUGUAUAGAGCUUAGAUUAGCCUUGAAUUCACUAUAUAGCUCAAGAACUGACCUUCCUGUUUCCACUUUCCAUAUGCUAGGAUUACAGGUAUGUAUACCACCAUACCCAAUUUUUAUGCAGCAGUGGGAAUAAAAUCUAGGGUUUCUGGAUUCUAGGCAAGCCCUCUACCAGCUGAGUAAUAUCCCCAAUCCUGUGUUUUGUGCUUGGACAAGAUUUCCCUGUAUAUCUUAUGCUGGCUUUCUACUUGCAGGAAUUCUCCAGCCUUAGCUUUCGAAGUGUUGAAAUUACAAGCAUGCCUUAGCACACCUAGCUGCUUUAGAAAUGAGCUUUUAAUCAGGUAGUGGUAGCUUACGCCUGCAAACAAACAAAUGAAAUACCAUUCACAUCUGAGUGAAUGGAAAGCAGAAAUAUCACUUGUGAAGGUUAUGGAGUCUGGUUAAUAUUUGUGUUUAUUUUUCUGCUUAUUUAUUCAUUUCUUUAUUUUUGAGGCAAGGUCUUACAAUGUAGCUCUGGCUAGUCUAGAACUUGCAGUGUACACCAGAUUGGCCUCAAACUCAUGAGAUCCCCUUGCUAGUACCUAGUACUGGUAUUAAAGGUGUUCACCAUUCCACCCAGCUUUGCAAUUAUUUAUUUGUGAUUAAUGUUUUUAAAACCCAUUUCCAGAUUAUUUAAGGUAACACUCAAGUUUGGCAGUUUAACUAAAACAUGAUGUUCUUAAGUAAUAGGAAAGGACUUUGGCGGUGAAGGCAGGAGGAUCAGGAGCUUAUGGUGAUUCUUAGUUAUAGAGCGGAUUGAAGGCUAGCCUGGGCUACAAUGAGGCCCUGCUCCAAACCAACCAACCAAAUACCACCGUCCCCUAACCCAGAAUACCCUAAAAUCUAAACAAAAAACGAAGACUAAGAAAGGAUGUUUGGAACAUCUGUCUUAGAAAGCUGAGUCAUCUAGGCCAACCAUGUCUCCCGUUUUCCUGCUAUGGAGAAACCGGGUUGGUUGGACCAGGAAGCAUAGCACCAUAGCCAGGCUAAUGGGCACAUGUGCUAUGGGGAAUUCUGUUUCGUGAGUACUGGAGCUAUAGACCCAAAAAUCUUUCCCUGAAGGAAAAAAAAGUAUGUCAACCCAAACCCCAAACAACUUACCCUGCUUAAGUGCAGGACUUAAACCAGCAAAAGGAACUAAAGCCCAUCUUUGUGAUGUCAAGUUCUGUUUUGGUGUGUGGUAAAAUAGUUGGAUUUUAAGUCUCUCAGAGUUAAAAUAUACAGACACUUAGCUAUAAGAUGUGUUGCCAGGCAUCUGUAUGGAAUAUGACCAUGUAAUCAGGCUGUAUUGUACUUCUCUACACAAAGAGAGCCAAAGCUUCUACAUCUGAAAAUUAGGAGACUUGCAUUUGUCUGACAGAAGACAGUACAGAGGAAAUGACUUGGAGGCAGAGGAGAAGUAGGAGAGAGGAUGAAAGGACUGUAUUCAUGCUAUCCAAAUUAGAGUCAGGAUGUUUAUGCUCAAAUCUUGUCUUGGCUCUCAUUGAGGGCACUGAACAACGGGGACAUGGGAAAGUGUAUCUCUGAAGUCCCUAAUUUAGGCACUAAACAGACCAAAUUCCUUCCACAAAUGCUUCCUAUUUUCAGCAGGCUGUUUCUGAACAUACAUUGUGAUUAAAGUGCACAGCUGGCUAGUGCUAACCACUCCUUCUCUUUCCUCUGCUAGCUCUUCCCCACAGCUAUUAUUUUAUUCUGUUGUUUAUAAGUGACAUGCUCCACAGGACAGCAGCCUACUGAGAGUAUACUUACUUCUCUCUUCCUUUUCCUAUGACGUCUCCCUGUUGCCCAGGUGUGUCUCAGACUCUCGAGAAGCUGGAACCACAGGCGUUUCACUGUGCUCAGCUCAUUUUUAUUCACUCAAAUAGCAUGAGUAUUGAAAUAGCAUUGUAGACUUAUUUCAUGGUAAGUAUAUAGGAUGUAAUUGUGAGCAAACUAGACUUGACUCUUGUUUUCAGAGCAUACUAUCUUCCUAAGAACAUUAUUCAUAGUUGGCCUUGUUCAUCCAACAAAAUGAAUAUUUGGUUAAUGAAAAUUAAAAGAAGUUCCAGAUGUCAAUGUUUCUAAUAAAUAUUUAGCCAAUAGUAGUCUCUCAGUAAUGCUCACAUAAGUGGAAUUAAGAUUAAGACUAUGUUUAGAAACUUUUAAGAUAUGCUAAUUUUCUUCCUGAAAGAACAGAUCUAGUAAAGGUUUUUCUCAGGAAUAAAAACAGUUCCACACAUGAGCAGGCAAGAUGUCUCAGUGGAUAAAAGUGAUUGCCCUAAGUUCAUUUCUGGACAUAGGGGCUGAAUAGACGGCCAGCUGUUCAUAGUGCUGCUGCUCUUGCAGUUCAAUUCCCAGCACCCUUGUAGGGCACAGUAAAACAGCAGUAAACCUAGUUCCCAGCACCCAUGUAGGGUACAGUAAAACAGCAGUAAACCUGGUUCCAGGGGAUCCAGUAUCCUCUUCUAGACUGCAUAGUACCUGUACUCACUGAUGCACAUAACCACACACCGAACAUACAUAUCUAUGUGAUUUAAAUAAUAGAGUAAUUUUUAAAGCACCAGGUGCAGUGGCGAUAUGUGUCUUCAAUCCCAGCCUGUGAGCUGGGAGGCAGAGACAGGAGAAUCAAAGAAAGGUCAAAGGUCAGCUAGCUUGGAGUACAAUAUGGAAGAAAGAGAUAGACCUUAAAUUGAUAAGUGGAAGGAGAGAAACAACUACUGAACAUUGUUCUCUGAUCUUUACAUAUGCUCUGUAGUAUGCAUACAACUGUGGAUACACACACAUACACACACACGUGGAGUUCUUUGUAUAAUUUAUAAAUGAAGUUUUCAGACAAAAAGAAUGAUUUGUACUUCAUUAUUGCCUCUUGCAAUUGCUUUAGCACACAAGAAUUCUCAGUAGCUAGAGAUGAGAAUAACUAAUGUCCUGGAUCUCUGUGGAAAAAAGUCUUGAUGCCUUCUGUUCGGUUGACUUUCUCUAUAGAGGUCACCCAUGGAGAAAAUGAAGUGUUAAUGCAUUAGUUUUAGAAGUGAGAGACCUAUGAGCCUCUUACAGGGCUGGUGGUGUAGUCAGUGGUACAGCUUGUGCUCAGCAUGCAUGCUUGAGGCCUCUGAAUUCUCUCUCCCACCCCUUCACCCACUACAGGUCCUUAGAGAUGGGCAUUUGCCAGGACUGUUAAGCUAUGAGGCUUGGCUUGUCAUUGCCCAUUUCCUGUGUCCCUGGUCCUUAUCCCUGUUGCCAUACAGGCAUUCUCUCUUUCUGUGUUGGGGUAAUAAUCACCCUAAUUUAAGGCUGGAAAUUUAGAGAGGCAAAUCCAUCCAAGUGUAUCCCAGUUCUCUUGGAGGAUCCACAGGCCAGUGAACCUGAUUGUGAGUUUGGAAUAAACCUAUACUGACUUGCUCAGUUCCAGGCAACACCUUUGUUUUCCAAAGUGUCUCCACAGCAGCUAAAAGUCGGGGUUUUCCCAGUAUAGACAGAGCCAGUCCAACUUAUCAACGGUAAAGUCUAUUCAACAGUGCAGACACCCUCUCUGGUGUCAAUAUGAUGAUGAUAAAGAGCUAAUGACAUGAUACUACAAUUCAUCUCUGACAUCCUCUUUUGGAAAAGGAACAGUAGUUUUAUAUUACUUUGGUUCUUGUCACUAGUUGUGCUCAAUCAUGAGCAAGUUGAAUUAUUUCCAGGAUAAAUCUUAAACUUAUUAUUUUUAGUGCUUAUCUUCUUGCAGCUGAGUAAAUAUCUCUUUAGGAUAUGUGACAAUUCAAUUGGCUUGGGCUUUGAAACAGGCCUUAGCUUUAGAGCCUGCUUAUAUUCAUCUACAUACAUUGGUUCUUUUGAAAUGCAGCUACUGUAUGUAAAAUUAUAAAGUGUGAUCACAGAGUAAACCCAGAGGCUCCCGUGUGCUAUACCCCCAGCCCUAAAAUUGUAAAUUUUGAUCUGUUUGGAGACAAGGUCUUUCUUUGUAGACCUGGCUACCCUGGAACUGGCUGUGUAGACCAGGCUGGCCUUGAACUCAAAAAAGAGACCUUUUUGCCUCUGCUUCUCUAGUGCUGGGAUUAAAGCUGUGUGCUAUCACUCCGCCAAAAUUUUCAAUUUUCAAUUCUAAAUUUUGAAAGUCAAUUUUCACUAUUUCUCAUUCCAGUUCCAUGGUCUAUUUGUAAAUAAUUUAUGGGAAGAGAAUUCAAGUUACAUAGCAUUCUACCAAGUAAGUGUGGGCCUGGUUUGAAACGGAUUGUUAUACUAGGUUUAUGAUUGUUCCUACGAAUUUCACUGGUAAAUAAGACUGUCCCCCGGAACUUGUUUCUUCAUUGAAUAGCAUUCUCUUUUACCUUUUGAUUUUGCCUGCACGUGAAGUUUUUACAAUUCUCACAAUUCCUGUGGAGCUUUGAUUUCAGACCUGAUCCUUAUAACCCUAGAGCUUUACUUCUGCUACUGGCUGCAGACCCAGGGUAGCUUCUUUUAAUGUCUUUUCGGUUUCUUAGGGCUCCUGGGCCCAAAGCCAGCAGAACGGAAAGAGUACUUGGGUUUGUUUGAAGGCAAGCCGGCUGUACAGGCAGCUUUCCCAGACUUUCCCAGCUCCGGCUUUUCCUGCAUACCAGCAGAGCGGCUUUUUUCCUCUGGUGAUUGAAACCAUCUGGACUGCAGGGGGGUCACGUGUGUAUGAGAAAAUGACAUAAAGUUUCUGAUCCCCUUGUCCUUCUGCUCCAGAUCCAGACAAUCCUUGGUCGGAUGGUGCCGAGGAAGACAAGAGACUGCUUGGGCUCUGGCACUAGUACCAUGGGACCCUGUACUGGCUAAAAGCUGUCUCCAGGACCUGAACAGUCAACAAGGUAACCAGAGAGGCCAGUCUAGGCCAGCUUCUAGGAUGUGAACUGUGUUUCUGCCCCAAAUGCUCCUGAAAAAUCCCAAGCGAACAAACAAGUUGAGGCAGCACGCAUCAGGGUCCCUCCUCAUUCCGCUGCUGCUGCAGGACCCAGAGGAAGUGCUUGCUUCCCCUCCAAGCCUUCAGCUAGCUCCCUCCCCUUUGGCAGGGAUUCUUCCAAGUUAUAAAAGCUGAGACACUAGAGGGGAGGAAAACAAGUCCACUCACUGUCCUCACCCUUCUCCCCUCUGGGUUGUUGCAGCAAGUUCCCAGGAACAGACCUGGGCUCCUGGUUGACUGGAAGGGAGGUAGGAGGAGUGGAAUGCAUGCAUAAACUGAGCCGAUCAAAAGACCGCGCUGUUUCAAGGCCGGCUAGAACUCAGAGAAUGUGUAGAAGCACGCGCACGCAUAAACGUGCGCGUGCUAGCUCGCUCCUGGGACACCGGGUUGAGGGAGAGCGCCUAGCUGAGUGAGAGCAAGCCUGCAAGCGUGUGUGCAGCCUAGGACAGGUCUCCAUGACAACCAGCCUGACUGGCUAGCUGCGCUAGCUCUGCUCACUUGGCUGGAAGGAGUGUCUUGAAAGGUCAGAGGAAGGAGCUGUGGGAAGUUCGCAGCAGGUACUGGAGCUUAAGCCAGUGGAUCUGGGGGCCCUGGGCUCCCUAAGCGACUGUGGUGUGAGCCAGCCUCUGUGGAGAAUGGAGUGGGCAAGAAAUCACCCGGACUACCAGGGCUCUGGGUUUGCAGAGAGCCGAAAUGACCAUGACUGCCAACAAGAACUCCAGCAUCACUCAUGGAACCGGAGGCACUAAGGCCCCUCGGGAGACGCUGAGCAGGUCUCAGUCAGUCUCUCCACCUCCAGUUUUAUACCCACCAAGAAGUCCCAUCUACCCACUCAGUGACAGUGAAACCUCAGCCUGCAGGUACCCCAGCCACUCUAAAUCCCAGGUGCUCCUCAAGGACCGGCAUUCUCGAAAUCCUUCACUCCUAGGUCAAGAUCCGUCCCCAGAAACCUCACCACCCAUUUGUACCCUCAAGGCUACCAGCUUCAGCUAUUUGGACAGAACCCCUUCAUUACGCAAAAGAGAGGACCAGAAGGAGACUGUCCAGGGUGCAGUCCAGGAUGUAGAAGGUGUGGCUGCUUGCCUCCCCCUUGCCCAGAGCACCCCAUUCCUAGGGGCCGGGUCUCGGAGUGUCUUGCUGAGUUGCACUGGUACCCGAGCCCAUAGCCUGGGUAUCCGAGAGAAGAUCUCAGCAUGGGAAGGUCGCCGAGAGGCUUCACCCAGGAUGAGUCUGUGUGGAGAGAAGCGGGAGGGCCCUGGGAGCGAGUGGUCGGUCAGUGAGGGCUGCCCCAGUGUGGGCUGCCCCAGUGUGGUGCCAUCCCCCUGCAGCUCAGAAAAGACCUUUGAUUUCAAAGGCCUCCGGAGGAUGAGCAGGACCUUCUCUGAGUGUUCCUACCCCGAGACAGAGGAGGAGGCAGAGGCACUUCCUGGACGGGACUCUUUAUACCGGCUGGAGAAGCGUCCAGGCCGGACUGAGCCCAGUGCCUUGCUCAGGGGGCAUGGCAUCAGGAAAGAGAGCUCAGCAGUGCUGAGCCGGAUCCAGAAGAUCGAACAAGCCCUAAAGGAGCAGCCUGGCCGGGGUCUCCCCCAGCUCCCUAGCAGCUGCUACAGUGUAGACCAAGGGAGGAGGAAGACUGGAACUUUGGGCACCUUGGAGGAGCCAACAGGAACUGCAAGUGUAAGCCCCAGCAGCAGGGCAGGAGGAGUGGCCGGAGUUGCUGGGGAGGCAGGCCCACCCCUGGACAGGGAAGGCAGUGCUUCCAUGAAGUCAGAGACCCCUGGAAAUAGCUCCAGUCCCCAGCUGCUGCCUCCGAAGAGCUCCCCUGAUCCAGCUGUGAACCCUGUUCCCAAACCCAAGCGUACCUUUGAGUACGAGGCUGACAAGAAUCCUAAGACUAAGCCAAGCAAUGGUCUACCUCCUUCACCCACACCUGCUGCUCCACCCCCCUUGCCUUCCACCCCAGCCCCACCAGUCACCCGGAGACCCAAGAAGGACAUGCGUGGUCACCGGAAGUCACAGAACAGAAAAUCCUUCGAGUUUGAGGAUGCAUCCAGUCUCCAAUCCCUGUAUCCCUCUUCUCCUACUGAGAAUGGUACUGAGAGUCAACCCAAGUUUGGAUCCAAAAGCACUUUAGAAGAGAAUGCCUAUGAAGAUAUUGUGGGAGGGCUUCCCAAGGAGAAUCCCUACGAGGAUGUGGACUUAAAGAACCGGAGAGCUGGACGAAAAUCCCAGCAACUGUCUGAGAACUCCUUGGACUCUUUGCACAGGAUGUGGAGUCCCCAAGACAGGAAGUACAACCACCCACCCAUGCAGCUGUCCCUGAAGUCCAACAGCCAGUCCCUGCGCAGUGGGAACUGGUCAGAAAGGAAGAGCCAUCGUUUGCCACGAUUACCCAAGAGGCAUAGCCAUGAUGACAUGAUGCUGUUGGCUCAGCUGAGCCUGCCAUCUUCACCCUCCAGCCUCAAUGAGGACAGCCUCAGCACCACAAGUGAGCUGCUGUCCAGCCGCAGGUCCCGCCGCAUUCCCAAGCUUGUCCAAAGAAUUAACUCUAUCUAUAAUGCCAAGAGAGGAAAGAAGAGGUUGAAAAAGCUGUCUAUGUCCAGCCUUGAGACAGCAUCAUUGAGAGAUGAGAACAGUGAAAGCGAGAGUGACUCUGAUGACAGGUUCAAAGCCCACACCCAGCGCUUGGUCCACAUCCAGUCGAUGCUGAAGCGAGCGCCCAGCUAUCGGACGCUGGAGCUGGAGCUGCUCGAGUGGCAGGAGCGGGAGCUUUUUGAGUACUUUGUGGUUGUGUCCCUCAAGAAGAAGCCAUCUCGGAACACCUACCUCCCUGAAGUCUCCUAUCAGUUUCCCAAGCUGGACCGUCCCACCAAACAGAUGCGGGAGGCAGAAGAAAGGCUCAAAGCUAUCCCCCAGUUUUGCUUUCCGGAUGCCAAGGACUGGCUCCCUGUGUCAGAAUACAGCAGUGAAACCUUUUCUUUCAUGCUGACUGGGGAAGAUGGCAGCAGGCGCUUUGGCUAUUGUAGGCGCUUACUGCAUACCUCUACCCUGUGUCUGUGUUCCUUUCCCUCCUUCCUAUCAGAAAACAGCAUGUUUGGAGGGAGAAAAGAGCCAAGUGGGAAAGGGCCUCGGUUGCCAGAGGUGUACUGUGUCAUCAGCCGCCUAGGCUGCUUCGGUUUGUUUUCCAAGGUCCUAGAUGAGGUGGAGCGCCGGCGUGGGAUCUCAGCUGCACUGGUCUACCCCUUCAUGAGAAGUCUCAUGGAAUCGCCCUUUCCAGCCCCAGGGAAAACCAUCAAAGUGAAGACAUUUCUUCCCGGCGCUGGCAAUGAGGUGUUAGAGCUGCGUCGGCCUAUGGACUCCCGCCUGGAGCACGUGGACUUUGAGUGCCUCUUCACCUGCCUCAGUGUGCGUCAGCUUAUCCGAAUCUUUGCCUCAUUGCUGUUGGAACGCAGAGUCAUUUUUGUAGCAGAUAAGCUCAGUACCCUGUCCAGCUGCUCUCACGCGGUGGUGGCCUUGCUCUACCCCUUCUCCUGGCAGCACACAUUCAUUCCUGUCCUCCCAGCCUCCAUGAUUGACAUUGUCUGCUGUCCCACCCCUUUCCUGGUUGGCCUGCUCUCCAGCUCCCUUCCCAAACUGAAGGAGCUGCCUGUGGAAGAGGCACUGAUGGUGAAUCUGGGAUCUGACCGAUUCAUCCGACAGAUGGACGACGAGGACACACUGUUACCUAGAAAGUUGCAAGCUGCUCUGGAGCAGGCUCUGGAGAGGAAGAGUGAGCUCAUCUCCCAGGACUCUGACAGUGACUCUGAUGAUGAAUGUAAUACCCUCAAUGGACUUGUGUCAGAGGUGUUUAUCCGGUUCUUUGUGGAGACUGUGGGUCACUACUCCCUCUUCCUGACACACAGUGAGAAGGGGGAAAGGGCUUUUCAGCGAGAGGCCUUCCGCAAGUCUGUGGCCUCCAAAAGUAUCCGCCGUUUUCUUGAAGUUUUUAUGGAAUCUCAGAUGUUUGCUGGCUUCAUCCAAGACAGGGAGCUAAGGAAGUGUCGAGCCAAGGGCCUCUUUGAGCAGAGAGUGGAACAGUAUCUAGAAGAGCUCCCUGACACUGAGCAGAGCGGGAUGAACAAGUUUCUCCGGGGCCUGGGCAACAAGAUGAAGUUCCUCCACAAGAAGAAUUAAAUGCCUUUCCUGGUAGCAGAGUUUAGUGCUUUGCAGAGCCCAGGGAGAGGGCCCAGCCUGGGACCCUGUGGGCUGCUGUGGCUACUUUGCUUCUACAGGCCCCACUCCAAGCCAGCCCACUUCUGCCUUCACCAUAUUCCAGGAUACUGUUUGUAAAUAAUCUGCUGUAAGCUUUCCUGUUUUUGUAACAAGCAAAGAAAAUCUGGUAAAUAUUUGUAUAUUCCCAAAGGGCCAGGUGCUUUCUUGCCUUGUCUGAGCUUGGAUGGAGUCUUGCUGGGUGCUGGUGACUGGCCAAUUAUGUGCAGCUGACUGUCUCAGCCAAACCACUCAUGUUUCCUCAAGACUUCUGGCCUGUCUGCCUGAGGCCCUGCUGCCAGUCUUGGGCCCUGGAGAGCAGGUGCUGUCUUAAUUAUGUAUAAGAGGACUGGUUUUUUUUUUGUUUUUGUUUUUUUGGUUGUUUUUAAAUCUAGAGUUUCUAAUUUUUUCUUCUUAGUAGUUCCCCUAUCUGCCAAGCCUCUUGUUUCUGAAAGGCAAGGAUCACUUCGCCCUUUUUUGCAAUGUAGAGCCAGGCACUUGGGCCUGGUCCUUGUUCCUUCCAUCCUCUGACAUGGUCAGUGAGUCAUGGGAAGCGGAGCUCCCGUCAGUCAGUGGUGGCCAUGAUGCGGUACAGGGCAUUUCUCCUUCCACCAUCCACAGAUGUUCUCAAUAAACUGUACAUUCAUUUUGGC